ACAGCGGCCGCUUAUUCCUCCGUCAGCGAGUUAUCGUUCGUUCACCUGUCGUCGGUCUUGUGCAGUGCAGAAAUUAAUUUUACCAGCUUCACGUGAAUGAACCGUUUUGUUGUUUUUUUCGUAGAAAUUCAUGCUGGAAGCUCUUCACGUCCACAAACUCCAAGACAUCCUGUGGACAAAAUUCAUUUGUGGUGGACGAUAUUGGCGCUAGAAAGAAUAUUCUACCAGCGUGUUGUUGUGCCGUGACCACAAUGGGCAGUUAAUAAGAAUACGCUCGCUGUCUGCUGUGUGGAGGACAGACGCUUAGUGAUACCUCAGAGCCUAGGUCCUCUCUUUAUACUUGGGCCGUCCUGCAGGUCUCCAGCACCAUGGCUGAAGAAGACUAUGGCAGCUUCGUGGACUGGAAACAGAUGGGGGAUCUGGCCAACAGCAGCGGGCCGACCAAGGUGGACUGCAAAGACCUGAAAGAGUUCAAGCAGAUGGCCCGACAAGGCUACUGGGCCAAGAAUCACAAACUUCGAGCGCAAGUCUACCAGCAGCUCAUCAAAGCCAUUCCCUGUCGUACGGUUACCCCAGACGCAGAAGUGUAUCGUGACAUCGUGGGCAGUGCAGCUACGAAGAAGCCCUCUUCCCACAUCCCGCUUCCAGAGUUUGUGGAUGGAAACCCCGUGCCGCGGUACUGCCUGAAAGCGGAGGCGGUAACCUCAGCCCAUCGGAUUAUAAACUGCCUGGCUGGACAGUUUCCAGACAUCUCCCACUGCCCAUCGCUUCCGGCUGUUACGUCGUUGCUCCUGCACUUCAGCGUAGACGAAGCUCAAUGUUUUGAGCAUGUCAGCCGCAUCCUGGCUUGCAACGAGCCGGGUAAACGACUGCUGGACCAGACUUUCCUGGCCUACGAGUCCAGCUGCAUGACUUUUGGCGACCUGGCCAACAAGUACUGCGCGGCCGCUCAUAAACUGAUCGUCGCCACGGCCCAGGAUGUGUUGGAGGUGUACUCGGACUGGCAGCGCUGGGUGCUUGGUGACCUGCCCUUUAGUCAUAUGGUCAGGGUCCUUGAUGUGUACCUAGUAGAGGGCUACAAGAUUCUCUAUCGAGUGGCCAUAGCCCUGCUGAAGUUCUAUCGCAAGCACAAAGCAGGGGGGCAGGCAGGCCAGCAGCAGCAGGAUUCAAGCAAAAUCAAGGCGGACAUUCAGGCGUUUGUCGCGGGCAUUGCCUCCAUCGUCAGUCCUGACAAGCUGCUAGAGAAGGCCUUCUCCAUCCGUCUGUUUAGCCGUAAGGACAUCACCCUGCUGCAGCUCACGAAUGAAAAGUCUCUGCAGCAGAAAGGAAUCACUGUCAAGCAGAAGCGGCGGAACGUGCAGCUGGCACUCAACCCAGACACCUUCUCGUCUGAGAUCGUCAGUGUCAAGGAGAUGCGUGACAUUUGGUCGUGGAUCCCUGAGCGCUUUGCCCUGUGCCAGCCGCAACUCCUCUUUACCACCUCCACCCACGGCUGCAGCUUGAACAGAUUCUACUCGCAUUGUGAAGGCUAUGAACCAACUCUGCUCCUCAUCCGGACCACAGAUGGCGAUGUAUGUGGAGCCUUUCUGUCUACAGACUGGGAAGAACGGAAGAGAGGAGGCAAUAAGCUGAGCUUCUUUGGCACAGGGGAGUGUUUUGUAUUCAGGAUGAAGCCAGAGAUGGAGCGCUUUGAGUGGGUGGUGAUCCGCCACCCUGAGUUAGCCUCUUCCAUUAAGACCCAGGGUCAGGAAGACACGGCGUCCUCCGAGGGCCAGAAUACAGACAACAACAGCUUGGAGCAGCCAGAAAAACCUGCUGGAGAUCUGUCGCCGUUUCUCGCCGCCCGCCACUUCAACCUCAAUUCCAAGAAUACUUCAAUGUUCAUGGCUGGAAACUUUGACUCCAUCAUAGUGGGUGGAGGAGAAGGCAAUGCUCUGUACAUUGACUCUGAGCUGAACCACGGGCGCACUGGCAGGUGCGCCACCUUUGACAACCCGCCCCUGUGUGCAGAGAGCUUCCAGGUUGCACUGCUAGAAGUGUGGGGCUUCCAGGAUGCCAUGGCCUCAUAAUGCUAACAGCACUUGUUUACAAGCACACAUCCACACACACUGCAGACGUGUGUGCAUAUCAUGCAGACACAUUUUUAACUAUUAAAGCCUAUAAAAGCAUUAUCACGUGUCCACAUGUGUGAAGUCAAGUCCUAAAAUAUUGUAGGUGGAAAAACUCAGAUAUGCAAACGCAACAAUGUCCGUCCUACAAAUUGAGUUUAGAUUAUAUUAUAUUAAUGCGGUUUACCCAAAUUUCAAUGAAAAUGUGAUGCUUUUGUUUGUUUUCUGUUUUUUCUGUUGUGUUGACAGACUUGUGUUAUGGUGUACUAUGUCGGAGUUCAUGGUCCUGCUGAGCUACUUUCAUGCUUUGUGGUUCAUGUCAAUCUGCCAAAAUUAGUGUAUAGAUAGCUCUGCAGUCUUAAUAAAAAAAUUACUUGUUAGGUCAUGUUGACAAACUGAGAUUCACAACAUGUGUGAAUUCAUAUUGUGGUAAAUGUUAGUACUGUGGUAAAGGAAGUGAGAUUUACAUUUGAUUUACUGUAGGUGAGAAAUCUGAUAAAUGAAUUAAUGGAGUAAAUGUAUGUGAAUAUUAAUGGUGAUUUUGAGUGUUGCCAUUUUGCACUUAUAUCAAAGCUUUCCUUUUGAGUCCAUGGCAGUUUCCUGUAUAGUAUAAGGGUAUUUAUGUGGAUAAGAAAACCAUUUAAAGUAUAUGGUAAAGUUGGUGUAAAGGAGAUAAAUGCAGUUUGUUCUUCUCCCUUGUCCUCUCCUCUCCCACUUUCCUGUUCCUUCCGUCCAGUAGUUUAAAAAAAAAAAAAGAAGUCCAAUAUGGUGUUAUUGGGAUUACGCAUCUUGCUUGUAUGUUCAAAUAUGUGCUCCGGUGUCAAUUGAGUAAGUGCAAAUGUAUUCUACAUAUGAAAAUACAGCAAUACGUUUUCAGUA